AUGCCGGGUCCCAUUGAUCCAGAGACGAUUUACACCAAGCAGACAUGCAUCGGUGGCGGUAGCUUCGGAAAAGUCUACAAAGGUGUUGACCGGCGAACCGGAGAAUCUGUUGCUAUCAAGAUCAUCGAUGUCGAAAAUGCCGAGGAUGAAGUUGAUGAUAUCAUCAAGGAAAUCGCUAUCCUAUCGGAACUCAAGUCACCAUAUGUCACGAAAUACCACGGCUCGUACCUGAAGGGUUCCAACUUGUGGAUCAUCAUGGAGUUCUGCUCUGGUGGCAGCUGCUAUGGCCUUCUGCGGCCCGGUGUCAUUCAUGAGGAGUAUAUCGCCAUUAUCUUGCGAGAACUUCUCCGUGGGCUGGACUAUCUCCAUACCGACCAAAAGCUGCACCGAGAUAUCAAAGCCGCGAACGUUCUUCUGAGCGCAAGUGGCCAGGUCAAGCUGGCAGACUUCGGAGUUUCAGGCCAGCUUUCUGCCACUAUGACCAAGAAGAACACCUUUGUAGGUACGCCUUUCUGGAUGGCCCCCGAAGUCAUCAAGCAGUCUGGGUAUGACUACAAAGCCGAUAUCUGGUCAUUGGGUAUCACUGCAAUCGAGCUUGCCUGUGGCGACCCUCCAUAUGCCGAUAUUCACCCUAUGAAAGUGCUGUUCUUGAUUCCCAAGAACCCACCUCCCACUUUGAAUGGCAACUUCAGCAAGCCAUUCAAGCAAUUUGUUGAGCUGUGCCUACGACGGGAUCCAAAAGAGAGACCCUCGGCGAAGGAGCUUCUUGAGCAUCCGUUUGUAAAGCGUGCCAAGAGAACCACGUACUUGACAGAGUUGAUUGAGCGCGCUGAGCGUUGGCAGGCCACUCGCCGUGGCCAGGGAGACGACGAUGACGAGUAUGAGUAUGAUGAGAGAGAACCAGACCACACUAUGCAGGCUAGGUCUCAAGAUGAUGAAGAUCUUUGGGACUUUGGAACUGUUCGUCCGGUAGGCAAAGCGAAUGCUGUUCCUCUGCGGCCAAUGAAAGACUCCGACCCGAACUUCCGGGCCAAAGAGACAGAGGACUGGGACCUGUGUGAUGAAUCGCCCAAUCAUGCGCCAUCACCUCUUCAACCACGUCAACAAACCUCUCUAAAUCCUCUUAACAUCUCCCCUACCAAGACUCCUCUUCCUCCAUCUGCGCCAUCCUCUCCUCUGAAGCAAUCUCCGACAUAUUCUCCGUUAUCUCCUGUCAAGCCCAAGUCUCCGCUACCUCCAAAGCACAAAGACAGCUCUCCAUUGAACGAGCAAUACGCACAAGCCGUAUUAAACUACGCAGGCAGUCGUGACACGACUGCAUCUUCCAAGUCUACAAUCCAAACUCAAGGCACUCCGACAAAACAAUUGUCUAAGAUUUCUCUGCAAGAAUCUCGGACUCCAUCCGCUCAACUCCCGCGCAAGCCAGCGCCUCUUUCACGUCCUGCCAACGAUUCUUUUGCUCCUCAACCUCAAUCUCCACGUACUCGUCAGUCCUCCGGUCUCCAGAGACAAGCGGAGCAACCACAAAACGUGAAGCAACCUUCAGCCCUCAAAUCAAAACGAGCACCAACCAACAUGAACGAGCGACCAAUUCCUUCCACUCCUCCCACCCCAAAUGACCGGCAGUCGACUCGUCCUCUCCCUGAGACCGAGGUCGAUACCGCGUGCGGAGCAGUAGUUCUUCCAGCUCUCCGCGCCGCUAUGGACCGCCGUCGUCGUCACCUCGUCGCACUUGAGCCAGGUCGCGAAGUGCCCGCCACACCAGCCGAGGAGAAAAACUUCGAACGAAGCGUCCGUAUCCACCGAGGCAUGGAAUCAGUUGCUGAGGAUAUUGCGCGUGCUAUCACCAACCUCCACCGCUGGGACAUGGAGGACCCUAUCGACAUGGGUGGUGGCGUCAAUGCUGUUCUUGAUGCAUUCCUUGAAGAGGUCCUGGUUCGCCUGCAGCCCACAGUAUCUUCGUCCCCUUCGCCGGGAUCCUCUUCCUAG